GGCCCACAGCAACCGCGGCUGCACCCCGCCCGUCUCGCCUCAUUUGGACUGCGGGGAUAACGAGCUCCAAGGAGGGAAGAAGAAGAGCAUGAUCUGUCCUCAUCCUCUUCCUAGGUGUUUUGUUUUUUUCUUGCCUCUGCGUCAAAGAUUCUGACUGACUAUGAUUUCAGGACACUAGCGAGACAAAGAACUCCUGUGACAAUGGGAGACACCAAGAAACAAGAACCCACAGUCUGAUUCAACCCACACAAAACCUGCUGAAUUAUACUGAAAAACGUAGCAUUUAGUCGUGAGUCACCGAUAUUCGUCCUGACUUCAGAAACUGGCAGCUUCCUCGCUAGACGGGAUUAUCGAUCAAAGUCACGACACAACAUGCGUCCGUCCCUCGCCACCGCCGUCCUCCCGGCCAGGACCCGCACCCACAAUGCUCCCAAUUUGGCCGUGGGGGGCCGCGAGCACCUCUCGGCCCCUCGUAGGCGGAGCCCCAAUCUGCGGCACACUCUCAGCCCGGAGAACCUCCGGAGCCUGGCGGAGAGAGGGGGGGCCUUGGUGGACGCCGUGUCCAUGGUGGGCGGUCCCGUUGGGCUGCCCCGCGCCAACAGCGACACGGACCUGGUGAGCUCGCAGACCAGGUCUUCGUUGACCGCGUCCACCCUGGACUUCACGCUGAACCGGGGCCAGACCCUCGUCAUAUCCUGGGACAUCAAAGAGGAAGUGGACGCCACCGACUGGAUCGGACUGUACCAUAUCGAUGAGACAAGCCCGUCAAACGUGUGGGACUGUAAGAACCGAGGGGUGAAUGGCACCCAGAAAGGUCAGAUUGUUUGGAGGCUGGAGACCGGGCCCUACUUCAUGGAACCGGAGACCAAGAUCUGUUUCAAGUACUACCACGGAGUGAGUGGAGCCCUUAGAGCAACGACACCCUGCAUCACUGUGAAGAAUACAGCUGUACUGGUUGAAGGCCUUGCGGAGCAGGUGGGUGUCGAACAUCCUCGGAAACUGAUAAGCUUCACUUUGACAGAUCUGCGUGCCACCGGCCUAAAGAAAGGUAUGUUCUUCCAUCCGGAUCCGUACCUCAAGAUGUCCAUCCACCCUGGGAAGAGGAGUGUCUUCCCUGUCUUCAGCCACCACGGACAGGAACGCCGCUCGGCCAUCAUUGCCAACACCGUCAAUCCGGUUUGGCAUGGAGAGAAAUACACAUUUGUAGCGCUGAUGACUGACAUCCUGUACAUCGAGGUGAAGGACAAGUUUGCCAAAAGUCGACCCAUCAUCAAGCGCUUCCUUGGCCAGUUGACCAUCCCUGUGCAGCGGCUUAUUGAGAAAAUACCUGGAGUCCAGCCUGUGACUUUUCCCCUGUGCCGACGCCUACCAACAGAGCACGUCAGCGGACAGCUACAGUUCAAAGUGGAACUCACCUCAACUGGACCUGAUGGUGCCUCUCCAGAUUCCAUCAUUAGCCUUUCGACCUUCAAUGGAGCUCCGGGGACGCCUUCAGACGACGAAGACCUUCCUCACCACCUUCCAGGAGUCGUUUUGGCAGGGCCCUCCCCCACCGGAUUGCAGAGUCCUCAAGGCAUCUGGGGAGGCGGGGCGGCGGCAGCCUACCCAGAAAAGGAGCUACUACUUGUUGGAGCCGGGGCGAGGUUUUUGGAGGGGCAUGAGUUGCUCCAGAGGUCCCUCAGCGAGGACCUCGAUGCUAUUGAGGCCCCGAAGGGUCCCGGGGAAAGACCAUUGGGUGCAGCCUCGCCAAAACUGCGCUCCAGCUUCCCCACACACACGCGACUCAGUGCCAUGUUGCACAUCGACUCUGACGAGGAUGAGGAGAAGUCCGGGUUUGGAGAAAUUCCCCCCAUGCCGCCUUCCCCACUGCUACUUAACGGGGAACCUCCAGACAUUAGUGGUCCAGAUGAAGAUGAGCCGUCUCCUGGGCUACAACUGGUCCUAGAGCAGCAUGGGGAAGAGGAACCAGAGAGUGUUUGUGCUGAUGAGACAGCCCAGGUGUCCCCUGUGGUGGAAACCGGUCAGGAACAGGAUGACAUUCCGGACCCUGAGGUCUUCUCUGAGGCAGAGGAAGCUCCGUUCACAGAGGCAGUUUCCCACAAUGCUUUGUCACAGGGUGAGGAGGCCCCCGAGGUGGGAAGAGGUCCGGCUGAGGAGCCUUCUUCAGGGGUGGACACGUGCUCCAUGGCCACAGCCCUGCAGACGGCCAUGUCGUCAUCAGAUAGUUGUCCAAUCACGUUGACCAUGGCUGUGGAAGCAGAGGAAGGGGCUGAUGCAGCCAUCGAUCCGGGGGGAGAUAUGAUUGGUGGCACCACGCCGUCCAGUCCGCCUUUAGACUAUGAGGGUGGUGUUUGUCCUGAGGCUGAAGGAGAAGCAGCCUCUGCUCCGGCGCUUGAGGAGAUAGGCAUGAGGAAGCUGAGUCUGCAGGCCAAGGGCAGCGUGGCCGAAGAACUGGACGGCGAUGAGUCCAAGCCGCACAAGGAGAUGGGCUCUGUGGAGUCUGAGCAAGUUACAACAGAAACAGAUGGAGAGGAAGGUACGCCUGUCAACGGUCAUCCUGUACGGUCGCUUCCAUCUGUACGACAUGAUAUUCACCGUUACCAGCGAGUGGAUGAGCCUCUACCACCGAACUGGGAGGCCCGGAUCGACAGUCAUGGCAGGAUCUUUUUUGUGGACCACGUGAACAGGACCACGACAUGGCAGCGACCCACCGGACCCCCAGCACCACAGGGCCUGACCCGGUCCAACUCCAUUCAGCAGAUGGAGCAACUCAACCGCAGAUACCAGAGCAUCAGAAGGACCAUAACCAACAGCGAUAGAAAUGAGGAAACCACAGAUGACCUGCUCCCCGAACCAGAAGCUGAACUGAUUCCCCACUCCAUUUCUGAAUACAGACGAGACAGCUCCGUGAGCCACUCGAGCGGUCGCUCCCGUCUGUCGCUGCUGCUCCAGUCACCCAGCGCCAAGUUCCUGUGCAGUCCCGACUUCUUUACGGUGCUGCAUUCUAACCCCAGUGCCUAUCGCAUGUUUACGAGCAACACCUGCCUGAAGCAUAUGAUCAGCAAGGUGCGGCGAGACGCUCACUACUUUGAGCGCUACCAGCACAACCGAGACCUGGUCACCUUCCUCAACAUGUUCUCUAAUAAGCAGCUGGAACUUCCCAGGGGAUGGGAAAUGAAACAUGAUCAUACCGGGAAGCCCUUCUUUGUGGAUCACAACUGUCGCUCCACAACCUUCAUCGACCCGCGGCUGCCUCUUCAGAGCUCUCGCUCGACCGGACUGCUGGCCCAUCGCCAGCACCUGAGCCGCCAACGCAGCCACAGCGCUGGCGAGGUGGUCGACGACUCCCGGCAAAGCAACCAGCCCACCAUGCCCAGGCCCUCUAGCACCUUCAGCGGGUCUAGUCGCUCAAGCCAGUACCACGACGUGGUGCCCGUGGCAUACAACGACAAGAUUGUGGCUUUUUUGAGGCAACCCAAUGUCUUUGAGAUACUGCAGGAGAGACAACCGGAGCUCGCCAGGAACAACUCACUCAAGGAGAAGGUGCAGUUCAUCCGCAGUGAGGGAGCCAAUGGGCUCGCACGUCUCUCCGGGGACGCCGACCUAGUCAUGCUGCUGAGCUUAUUUGAAGAGGAAGUGAUGUCGUACGUGCCGCCUUUGCUCCACCCAAAUUACAGCCUCUCCUCGUCUCCUCAGAGUUCCCCGGGCACCCAACGAGCCAACGCCCGCGCUCCUGCGCCUUACAAGCGCGAUUUUGAGGCGAAACUGAGGAAUUUCUAUCGGAAACUGGAGACUAAAGGAUAUGGACAGGGACCCGGGAAAGUCAAGCUCAUCAUACGGCGGGACCACCUUCUGGAGGACGCCUUUAACCAAAUCAUGUGUUACUCCCGCAAAGACCUACAGAGGAGUAAACUUUAUGUCAGCUUCGUAGGCGAGGACGGGUUGGACUACAGCGGGCCAUCUAGAGAGUUCUUCUUCCUGGUGUCCAGAGAGCUUUUCAACCCUUAUUACGGCUUGUUUGAAUAUUCGGCCAACGACACGUACACUGUCCAAAUCAGCCCGAUGUCCGCCUUUGUGGAUAAUCACCACGAAUGGUUUCGUUUUAGCGGGCGGAUUCUGGGACUGGCUCUGGUUCAUCAGUACCUGCUGGAUGCCUUCUUUACUCGUCCUUUCUACAAGGGGCUGCUACGCAUACCAUGUGAUCUGAGUGACCUGGAGUUCCUGGACGAGGAGUUCCACCAGAGCCUGCAAUGGAUGAAGGACAACGAUAUCGAGGACAUGCUAGACCUCACUUUCACAGUGAACGAAGAGGUCUUUGGACAGAUCACCGAGAGAGAGCUGAAGCCUGGCGGGGCCGGCAUCCCCGUGUCGGAGAAAAACAAGAAGGAGUACAUCGAGCGGAUGGUCAAGUGGCGCAUUGAAAGGGGAGUGGCUCAGCAGACGGAGAGCCUGGUCCGAGGCUUCUAUGAGGUGGUGGACGUGCGACUGGUGUCGGUGUUUGACGCCAGGGAGCUGGAGCUGGUGAUCGCCGGCACCGCCGAGAUCGACCUGGCAGACUGGAGGAACAACACAGAGUACAGAGGAGGUUACCAUGACAACCACAUAGUGAUACGCUGGUUCUGGGCUGCUGUGGAGAGGUUCAACAAUGAGCAGAGGCUGCGACUUCUGCAGUUUGUGACAGGCACAUCCAGUAUUCCUUAUGAAGGCUUUGCCUCGCUACGUGGAAGUAACGGACCCCGCAGGUUCUGUGUCGAGAAGUGGGGGAAAAUCACCUCUUUACCCAGAGCGCACACUUGCUUCAAUCGGCUGGACCUGCCACCCUACCCAUCCUUCUCCAUGCUCUAUGAGAAGCUGGUGACGGCCGUGGAGGAGACCAGCACCUUCGGUUUGGAGUGACCCCCCCUUACCUCCAAAGACAUCUCACCCCACAGAGAAAAGAACCCCACAAAGUGAUUUUCAAAAGCGGCACGGUGGUAUUUUACUUCACCGAGCCACACACACCUGUGCUUUAUCUCUUCAGUUAACUGCAAUCAGUUUACUGGAUUCACUCUUCCUCUUCCUGCACCUUAGAGAGAGACAAUGAAGAACUCUCUCUGGACCUCGAAACUGUGUCUGCGGAAUUAAUGCUAAGUUCACACUUUCUCCAUCAAUCAUUUUUAACAGCAUGGAAGAAUGACGUUUUAGACAUUUUUGCUAUGGUAUUGGGGAUACACUAAGAAACAAAAAUUUGGUUUGAGACUUAAUGUACUUUGUAACCCUCCUGUUAUGUCUUUUUCUCUCUGGUUUUCAAAUUGGGUACUGGGCCUGACAAAAAUCAACAAUUCUUGCAAGUGCAUGGAUACUGGGGUGAAUGCUUGUAUUUUUGGGGUUCACAACACAAUGCAGUCAGAGCUCAGUCAGUUGCGCCCCCUGGAAAGUUAGAAAAAAAAAAAUCCACCCCCAAAACCAGUUUUACCACUCGAUACGGAAUUGGGUGGACAUGUCUAUCAUAACAGGACAUAGGAAAAAGUCUCAAGGACCAGCAACCAAAAUGCAACACCCAGUCCACCAUUUUGGUUUAACGGUUUGGUUGAAUCAGGGAGCGUGGCUUCAACAUGUCCAAAAACUCAAAAAUGUUUAAUCAGUGUGUAUCCUGGUGAAAAACUAUGUACUUCGGGAGUCCCAAAUGUAUUCAUUUUAGUUGUUUUAAACACACCCACCCUGAAAAUUCAAUUAGUUGAGCUGCCUGGAAAGUUAGAGAAAACCAGCCCCCGGCAUCAAUGAUCAACACGAAAUUUGAGGGGUUACGUCUAUGAUAACAGGACGCACAUAAAAGUCUCAAGGACCCAUGCCGGAAAAUUGAAAAGGAAGUCGGUCAUUUUGGUUAGAAGCAGACAUUUUGGGGCCAAUUCCAGGCAUUGUACUUGUUUAGAACAAUGGUCUUACAGAUUGCUAUGAAACUGGGUGUCUACCAUAAGAGGAGACACAAAAAAGUCUCAAGGACCCGUGCCUGAAAUUGAACAGGAAGUCAGCCAUUUUGCUGUAAAGCACCCAUUAUUAGUGAAUUCCAGGCAUUGUACUUUGUUUCAGAGUUAUAAAUAUAAAUUUUGCCCCGGACACCAUUUCCACCAAUUGACGAAAAAAUUGAGUGGACAUGUCUAUCAUAACAGGACACACAAAACGAAUUCCCAAAAACUUUAAUUUUUAAAAAUGUGCCUGGAUAAGUGUUUAAUAUCCAGCAGACAUACCAGGAGGGUUAACCAGGAGUCACACAUAAUGAGUAUUGUAAUACUGACAUUACGAGUGAUUCGUUUCAGAUGGCGCAGUCAAGAUAGUUGCCGUUAAUACUGCAACACGACAGACAAACAAACACACACGAUGCUCUAGGUGCACUUUCCUACAAAGUAACGUACACUCCACUGCACGGAUAUGUUUACUACCCCGACACACCUUUCAGCCCCCAUAGAAAUUCUUAAUCCCUCUCAUGAAAACUGGUCCACUCUUGCAUGAGUCAUGGCCAACAGCUCGCCUUGCAAAGAGAGGCAACGCCUGCCCCGAAGGUAUGCACAGGAAGAAAUGAAUGUAUUAAAUAUGUGACUGAAUGUACGUAUGAAUCUCAAGCCAUGACUAGAAGCUCACAUAUGGGAAGCCGGAGUUGGAUGAGACUGUUUUCCAUGUAUGAUUUUCAAAUGUUUUCAGAGAAACUGAGGAGGUCAUAGCUACACGUGAGGUACUUCUAUAAAAACGCUGUGUUAACCGGCCGUUUGUAGGAUAUGCAAGGAAAAGUAAUGCAAUUGAAUGGGUGAAAAACCUUUGUAUUUUAUUAGAGUUACUUGAUUGUAUUCAUGAAUCUUAUCAAACCUCUAAUGGCUUUGGAGCUAAACACAAUCAGGAGAGGCAUAAGAGUCAUUUGCAGGCCCCAAAUACAAUCUGUCACUAUUGGAUCCGAUUCGGCUUUUUAUUAGGGUCCAAGCACCCAAUCUUGCAGAUAAUUCCAGGUACAGUUUAUACUUUGGUAGAAAAAAAAAAAAAUAUAUAUAUAUAUAUAUAUAUUUCUUUUUCCUUUUAAAUCGGCCCCAACACCAGUUUAACUGAUCAACAAAAUGUGUGGACAGAUCUAGCAUACAGUAACAGGACGCAUGACAAAGUCUCAAGGACCCAUACUCCAAAUUUAACAGGAAGUCGGCCAAUAUGUUGUAACGUACCCAUUUUUAAUUAAUUCAGACAUCUGUUCAUACUUUUGUCAAGGCCAAUAUUCCAACAUAUUCCAAAGCUACAAAAGCAGUUAAUGAGACUUUUUUUUUUAAGCAAAAUAUUGUAUUUUCAUGCCAAAAGCUGUGUUUCUGAUGGUUGUGGUGGGCUUAAUUUUUCCCUGAUUAUCCUACAAAUUGCUUAAAAGAAGGUUUGUAGUAUCCUUCAGUGAAGAAUGUUGUAGAAUUACUGGUCUAAGCACUGUACUGUUUACAGCCGGGUGGUAUCACAAGAUCCUGCAGAGAGAACAAAACCCAUCCAAUCUACCAACUUGGUUAAGUUGUACCAAUGAUCUACCUGAUGUACGACUUCUGUGACCAUCAACUCACUACUUUUGCCUUGACAGCAUGCGAUAAAACAGACUGUUGAGUACACAACUAAGCCCCAUUUCACACCGUCUUAUUACACUUCCUUCCCAACAAAAAUGCUCUUUUUUGUGAUGGGGUGCAUGCAUAACAAAACCUUACUGUACAGACAAGAGUUGAGGAGCUAGACCGGCUGAAGCUAGAAUAGCACUAGAUAGCUCCAUGCGCGUGUGCUGCGAGACGCCAAGGCAAGACUUUUAUAUUCCAUCAUGCAUGUGAGUGGUUCUUGGUCGGCUCUGUGAGCUGGGGGCCAUAAAAUCUGUGACGGCAUUGUGUUCUAGCUUGAUAUUGCAUGCUCAACUAUUGCAAGACACUGACUGUCCUUACUAGCUUUUUCUGCAUGAGGAUAUUGCUAUCAGAAAAAAAAGAGAAGGAGAUGAAUUGUUAUUGUUUUUUUCAUAGUGGAAAUCACAGUCAUGAGCCCCUCGUGGUUUACCUGGUCAUACCAGAGUGUCGAAACUAAUUAGGAGUGCAAAGUAGUCAGCAUAAGUCACUUUUAAUGAGCUCUGGGAAUGUGCAAUGUAGUUUGAAUGUGUCCAGUAUGGCAUGUUACCCCAAAACGUCACUUUUCACGUGUCUCCCGCCUAUCUUAGUAAUAGGUUGAUGGUUAUGGUUCAUUGCUAGUGAUUCGGCAAUGAACCAAUAGGGCUGUUUUGACAACAAAACAAAAAAAAUAAAAAAUAAUUCAAAAACACAUGAAUGUGGACCAUGUGUGCAGUCAUCAUGUUUGUCUCUUAUUUGUAUAUAACUGUAAAUGUACAGCAUAUGUCCUGUUGUGUGUAUAAAUAUAUAUUUUGCACUGAAUGUACCAAAGGAG